AUGUGGUGGAUGUUGAUGCUGGUUCUUCGUCUGCUGGUCCUCCUGCUGGCCGGCUUCACCCUCUUCAGCGACGAGCAGGAAAGGUUCAUCUACAACACCAUCCAGCCGUGCUGCUCCAACGUGUGCUUUGACGUAUUUGCCCCCGUGUCCGUCUUCCGUCUCUGGCUCUUCCACCUCAUUCUCCUCUGUCUUCCCCACGUGCUGUUUGCAACCUACGUCGUGCAGAACGUGUUGUCGCAUCCCUAUGUUGGAGGUUUCUACUGCGACAGGAGUCGAGGAGGGUCACCGUUCACCCUUGAGAACUCUAACUCCUCGAGAGAACUGUCCCCGCACAAAGCCCCACUUCACAACCUCCCACGUGAGCGGGGAGCGCCGCGCUUCUACUGCGCUUACUUCCUGGUUGUGAUCCUACGCAUCCUUCUGGAAGUGGUUUUCGGCGCGAGCCAGUUUUUUCUCUUCGGUUUGUCCGUUCCCAGGAGCUUCCACUGCUACGAGGCUCCCUGCACAUCCGGCAUCGAGUGCUACAUCUCCAGACCAACGGAGAAGACCUUGAUGCUCAACUUCAUGCUGGCCUUGGCCUCCCUGUCCGUCCUGCUGAGUUUGGUGGACCUGGUGAGCUCCGUGAAGGCAAUGGUGACGUGGAGGAGGAGAAGGGAGAUGUUGUUGGAGGAGAUGAGUGAAGGGGAGCAAAGCAGUGUGGACACUACGACAACCACGACGGAGGACAGCAACGUCCUUUCAAUCAGAAGAAUCGGCCCCGGUGAAAGCUCAAAGAACGGCCUCAAACAUGAACCUCUUCACACAAAGGUGAAUGAUGGAACCGCUAAGCUGAGGACGUCUCGGCCGCCCACUCCCAUCAGCGCUCCUGUGCCAACUCACUUUGUCCUCCACAGCCACCUGCCCCCCCGUCCCGACAGAGGACCAGACCCCAGGAUGCCAACACCAAUGGGUGUCAAAAAGCUGGACCAGUACACUCCAGUUGGGGCGAACUCAGGCCAACGGUCUGAUAGCAGUGAAUCUAAAGACAAGAGGGCAUGGGUGUAG